GAGCCAGAGCCCGUCCCCCCUGAGGCUGUGAGCACCAAGAAGAAGAAGAAGGAGAUCCCAGACAGAGGCUCCUGGAAGGGGAGAUUUGACUUCUUGCUGUCCUGCGUGGGCUACGCCGUGGGGCUGGGCAACGUCUGGCGCUUCCCGUACCUCUGCUACCGCAAUGGGGGAGGUGCCUUCAUGUUCCCCUACUUCAUCAUGCUGGUGUUUUGCGGUAUCCCUCUCUUCUUCAUGGAGCUCUCCUUCGGGCAGUUUGCCAGCCAGGGCUGCCUUGGCGUCUGGAGGGUCAGCCCCAUGUUCAAAGGCGUGGGCUACGGGAUGAUGGUGGUGUCCACAUACAUCGGGAUCUACUACAACGUGGUGAUCUGUAUUGCCUUCUACUACUUCUUUGUGUCCAUGACGCGCGUGCUGCCCUGGACAUACUGCAGCAAUGCCUGGAACACGCCUGACUGCGCGGGGGUGCUGGAUGGGAACCUCUCUAGCCGCACCGCCCUCAACCUCACCCGCCUCCUCAAUGCCACCCAGAAGCGCACCAGCCCCAGCGAGGAGUACUGGAGGAGAUACGUGCUGGAUCUGUCAGAUGACAUUGGGAACUUGGGCGAGGUGCGGUUGCCUCUCUUGGGAUGCCUCGGCGUCUCCUGGGUCGUUGUCUUCCUCUGCCUCAUCAAGGGCGUCAAGUCCUCAGGGAAGGUGGUGUACUUCACGGCCACCUUCCCCUACGUGGUGCUCACCAUCCUGUUUGUGCGUGGCAUCACUCUGGAGGGGGCCCUCACCGGCAUCAUGUACUACCUGACACCUCAGUGGGACAAGAUCCUCGAUGCCAAGGUGUGGGGUGACGCAGCCUCACAGAUCUUCUACUCGCUGGGCUGCGCCUGGGGUGGGCUUAUCACCAUGGCCUCCUACAACAAGUUCCACAACAACUGCUACCGGGACAGCAUCAUCAUCAGCAUCACCAACUGUGCCACCAGCGUCUACGCCGGCUUCGUUAUCUUCUCCAUCCUGGGCUUCAUGGCCAACCACUUGGGCGUGGAUGUCUCCAAGGUGGCUGACCACGGCCCUGGCCUGGCUUUUGUCGCCUACCCCGAGGCCCUCACCCUGCUCCCCAUCUCACCCCUCUGGUCCAUCCUCUUCUUCUUCAUGCUCAUCCUCCUGGGGCUGGGCACACAGUUCUGCCUGCUGGAGACACUGGUCACGGCCAUCGUGGACGAGGUGGGCAACGAGUGGAUCAUCCGCAAGAAGACCUUCGUGACACUGGGGGUGGCUGUGGCAGGCUUCCUGCUGGGCGUCCCACUCACCACACAGGCGGGCAUCUACUGGCUACUGCUGAUGGACAACUACGCUGCCAGCUUCUCUCUGGUCGUUAUCUCCUGCAUCAUGUGUGUGGCCAUCAUGUACAUCUACGGGCACAGCAACUACUUCAAGGACAUUGAGAUGAUGCUGGGCUUCCCGCCCCCACUCUUCUUCCAGAUCUGCUGGCGUUUCAUCUCACCUGCCAUCAUCUUUUUCAUCCUGGUCUUCACAGUGAUCCAGUACCGGCCUAUCUCCUACAAUGACUAUGUCUACCCCACCUGGGCCAUCAGCAUUGGCUUCCUCAUGGCACUCUCCUCCGUCAUCUGCAUCCCCAUCUAUGCUAUCUACAAAGUGUGCCGGUCCGACGGGGACACACUGUUGGAG